AUGGAAGCAGCCGGGAGAUCGACCCGCUCAGGUGCUAGGGCGACGUCGGUGGACUGCCGCACCAGCUUGGCUCCUAGCUCCAAGCUGUUUGCGGCCGAGCCACGUGUUGCGCUUCCUAGGCUAAGCGCCACAGGCGCUAGUAAGCCCACUGCGCAGCCAAAAGCUGCAUCAGCGACACCGGCUCCGGAGCUCGAGUUGCUCAGAGCUACAAUACAACGGCUCGAGGAGCAGAACUGUGCGAUGAAGGAGCAAAACGCACAACUCCUGGAGCAGAUAACUGGCAUGUGCCAACUGCUGCAGGAGGAAAAGGAGGAGGCGAAGCGCCGUGAAGAAAAGCUGGAGGCGCAAAUGGAGAAGCUAGCCGCUGCACAUCAACGCGAUCGAGAUGUGCUCAACUCUCUGCUGGCGGCAAAGGUUGGCGGUGGACAACCGUCAGGUAGUCCACGUCAACUUCCAACUCCGUUGCCGCGCCGAUCCUCUGCGCAGCCGCAGCAGCAGCAACAGCAGCAGCAGCCGCGGCAAAUUAGGACUGACGAGCGGUACAAGCCGCUUAAGGACCAUGUCGUCCUGGGCCGCCGCACCAGUAAGGCGUUGCUGCGACUCACGCUCAGCCGCAAGGCGAAUGCGCAGUACAUGCUGCAACAGGUUCGUGCCAUCGUGGGCAGUGCUGGAGUGUGUCGGCACGUCACAGAAAUGGCGUCAGUGGUCAUUCAUGACGUCGACCCGCUAGCCCGAGAGGACGAUCUCACUUCGCUGAUUGACAGCAAGUUCGAGUCGGGAGCGGGAAUUGUGUCCACAACGAUGAAUAAGAUGACCGACGGCACCCAACGUGCGUAUGUGCGACUGCCGGCGAAGUUUGCGAAGGAACUCGACGGCACUAAGAUUAAGCUGGGCUUUUGCAUCAGCAAAAUCAGAGCCGCGCCACCGACCCCUCGAGAGCGUGUGCGCUGCUAUCGCUGCCUCGAGCUGGAACAUGUGCAUACGCUGCGGCGUUGUGGGGCACAUGGCAAAGGCUUGCACUUCUCCGACGAAGUGCCUCAAGUGCGGUGGUCCACACACAAUUGGACACCCUGA